AUGGAUUUCAAUAAUUGUCUAAGAGCAGAUCCUUUACGCAGAGGAGAUUUAUGGAUAGACGAGAAUAAGAGAACAGUGCAUCUAUUCAUUGGCGGUGUAUGUGUUAAAAAAUUCCGAUUUCAGGAAAAGAUAAUAAAUUGUGGGAUUGUGGACUUCGAAAGAGCAUCCGAUUGUCUCGUCAUUGUAUUAUCUGAUGUGGCACAUGUGUAUUAUUUAUCCACUGGUGGAUCAACUAGUGUAUCUUUUCCUUAUACUAUAUCAAAUGCCUUUUUUUAUCCAUAUGGUAUAGUUUUGGAAAGAAAUGACACAAAGGAUGAUGCCGGUCCAUUCAAUACGACAGACGUACAGUUUAAAUUCAUUACACUCACAGACCCGAUGGCACCGUUUGGUACACUUUCAUUUGCAACCAAACAAAGUAUGGAUGGUAUAUACAAUAUGACUAUGGUUGUGUUCCCCAGGGAGGCAAAUGACAAGAUUACUGCAUUUUAUGAUCAGAGAGAAAAUUCUGUCCAUUUUUAUUAUACAAGAAUUUUAAAUACCAACUCCUCAGCUGGCCAAACCCAUUCCAAAAAGGACACCAUCCAUUCAAGUGCAUAUUCAAAUAUGGGUUGCAAUAACUUAAACUUGGAUGAGAACAACAGAAAUCUGAGAAAAGUUUCAAUUUUAAAUAGAAGAACUGCUUCAAUAAAUUCAAAUUAUGAUAUCAAUAAUAAUAAUAGUAGUAGGAACAGCAGUUCAACCUUACGUAGUACCAACGUUAUAACGAAAAAUAGCGAUUUAGACUCUUUUUUGAAAAUUGAGAAUAAUGACGUUUCUCAAUCGGUACCUACAAGAAGUGUUUCGGCCACAUUAGACCGCAUGAGCAAUACUUCAACAAAUUCUCCUGUCAUAGAUUCUACUUAUCAAACCCCACAAGAAUAUAUAAAUCAAAAGGCGCUUUCGAAAGAUAUAAUUUUGACAAAGAUCUCUUCUUUGAAUUUACCAUCUACGCUGCAUUCAAAUUCACAUUCACCAGAAUUUAUCCCUGUUAGAUACGAAAGUAAAGAAGCAAUUAUAAUAUUGGAUGCAACCUCGCAUUUUUCUAAAGUUUGGUCAAUCAAUCUUUUACCAAGCGUUGUAAACUCGGUUCCUUUCAAGAUGUAUGGCGACUCACCGCAGGACCUCAUUCAACUAUCUAGUAUCAAUACCAACGUUGAUUUCCACAUAGAAACUAUACAUAGUCAUCCAUUCUUAUUUCCACCCGGAACUGUUCUCAUUUCAUAUGAAGUGAAUACAUUAGGUUCUUUAUAUAAUCCUUUUAUUCCCCUUAACUCUGAAAUCAUAACUCUCUAUGACGAAGACCAAAUUUUAGAGCGUAGAGAACGUAGAAGUGAGUCACCCGACGACAUUGAAAUAGAUGAGUAUAUUCAUUUCCAUAUUGAUUGCUUAAAUCAAAUCCAAGACGUUUUUUGUUUCCCAACUCAAAGCUCUGUGAUUCAAUGUUUAGAAGCACUAGAAUUGAUCUGUCCAAAUAAUAUUUUCACAGGAUUUUUAUUUCUUUGGCAAUAUAUCUACUAUUUAAUGAAAUCUGAACAGCUUAAACAGAAUGAAGAUACUUUAAAUUCAACUGUCGGUGAAGAAUUUGAAUCAUUCCUGAUGGCCUUACUUUGCUUGUUGGGGGACGCUACAAAUAAGGAUAUUGGCUCAAAGGUUAUAAAUUGUGCGGCAAAUCAGUAUCUACACUCUUUAGAUCUCGUACAUUAUGUUCCUCAAAUUGUAUUAGGACUACAUCUUCUACGAGAGGAAUUUCUUUUAAACACUUUACGGAAAAAUGAAGCAAUUAAGCUAAAAGAUUUUCUCGUCACUGCAGUCUAUUUUAUGAAUUGGCCGUUAUCAUGGAAAAAUUACUACCCUACGGAUUCAAGAACUAGGAUGAAAUAUCAGCAACAACUACCUUCUAAAAUUCAAUACAAUCAGCCAAAUGAUGAGCCUCCAUCGAUAAUGAAAUCCCUGUAUAGUAUUACAGAAAAUAGUCAGAUACCGUUAACGCCAUAUAUUUCCUUUUCAAGGCUUAUAGAGAAGGCAUCAGAUAUUGAUCUAUUAAUAACUCCAAGGUGUAUCAGGCUUUUAAAGCUUUAUGAAUUAACACAUAUUCCUGGUCGCCCAAAUUUUUUUACGUUAGGUUUCCUAACGAGUUUGGGAAUUAGUAACUCAGAAUUAAAUACUUAUCCAAUAGGUAUAAUUACUCCAUUGAGAACAAUCUUAAAAUCAAUCGAAAGACACAUUUCUUUUGCUGAUAAGGAAUUAGACUUAUCGACUAUCGCAAGAUCGGAUCUCGAGCGACAUAUCGCACUUAUCAAACAAAUCGAGUUUGAUCAGAAAAGUGAGGAAGAACUCUCAUCCCCGUCAUCGUUCUCAAAUUUAACAAGCUUUAAAGUAAGAAACUCAACUAUCCAUACAAAUUCAAGACGGAUGCCCAGAAAUAUAUAUACUGUUAUAUCAGAAGUUGUUAAGGAUUCAGCCUUCGUAUCAAGUGAAGAUAAUGCUCUAUUAUCGAGUGAUAAAGAAUACCUUUUGAAACAAAAUGAAGAUCAAAAUAAUCUUGUAUCCAAGGAAAACACAGAAUUAAUCUUCUCACAUGAUCGAAGGUUUGAUGAAGCGUUAUCGCUAGUGAACUAUUUCGAUAUUCAUAAAGUCCACUUCAUCCCGACAGAGACAAAAUACAAAAGCAUUCUAGAAGAAAAAAAAGCAGUUGUAGCACUUACUGCUUUGCGGACAAGUACGGCAGGAAUCGGAUAUAGCGCAAUAUUAUAUGGUUGUGAACAACCGUUGUCUACACAAAAAUGGACGCCCAAACCGGUGAAUUUGGAAUGCUUAUUCCCUGAUGGAACGAACAUUUCAAAAAGCAUGAACUUGUCAAAGAAUGUAACCGCAUUAGCGGAUUUCCAUGCUGGUGUAAGUUCUGGAUUGAUAAUAUCAAGACAUGCCACAGGAAUUACAGGAAGUUGGAUUGUAUUUAAUAAACCGUCUGAACUAAAUGCACACCAUGGAGGAUUCUUAUUCGGAUUGGGGUUGAAUGGCCAUUUGAAAAAUCUAGAGGAAUGGCAUGUAUAUAACUAUUUAAGUCCUAAGGUUACAAAGAUCAGUAUUGGUUUAUUAUUAGGAAUGUGCGCCAGUAUGAAAAGCACGAUGGAUUUGAAAUUAACUAAAGUACUGAGUGUUCAUGUUGUUGCUCUGCUACCACAAGGAUCAAAUGAUUUGAAUAUAGCUAUAGAAGUGCAAACUGUUGCUCUAGUUGGAAUUGGGUUACUUUAUCAACAAUCCAAUCAUAGAAGAAUGAGUUCACUGUUGCUAUCACAGUUAACAUCACUUGUUCAAAUUCAUGAAGAAAUGGUUGUGCAUGAAAGUUAUAGAGUCGGUGCAGGUAUUGCCUUGGGUCUGAUCAAUUUAGGAUCUGGGAAAAACUUUUCUUCAUCUGAAGAAAACGGUGGCCAUAAGAGCGAGGAUGAUGGGCUUUUCCAAGACGAUCUAAAUCUUGAUGGAGAAGCAGAAGAGCUAUACCCUAGCCUCAUCAACGACUUACUUUCAAUUAUAACAGAAACUCAUGAAGUUGAACCUAACUGGGUUCCCGAGGAUUCACAUAGUGGAGCCCUUCUUGCAUUGACAUUUAUUUUCCUAAGAACGAGAGACAAACAUAUUGCUGACUUAAUUAAACCUAAUUUGAAAAAGAAUGCUGUAAUUAACCAUCGUUCUCAUCUAUUUCUGUUGAAAGAAUUAUCAUAUCAUAUGAUAUUGUGGGAUACAAUUGAGGACAGUUUAGAAUUUGUUCUUGGUGGAAUGGAUAUCGCACUUUCCGACCAACUAAGCGCAAAAGAUUUGCCUAUUUAUUUAGUUAUGGCAGGACGUGUUUUAGCCAUGGGUAUAAAGUUCGCUUCUACUAGUAAUAUUAAAGUUCGAGAUAUAUUACUUUCUCUCUUGGACAGGUUCGUUCCAUUUUAUCAAUAUUUUGGGAAAAGAAACGUUGAUGAAGUACUUAUUAUAAGUGGUAUUACCACUUUAGUUAAUAGUUUGAUGAUAUCUGCAAGUAUGAUAAUGUGUGCUACUGGUGAUUUGGAAGUGUUUAGAAGGGUUCGUUUCGUCCAUGAAACGAUUUUUGGAUUACAUUCGUAUUUGUUUAAGCGGGCCAAGAAGAAAACACGUAUUAACCCCAUUGUUCGAGAAUUUGCUGCUGAACAUGGAGAUGAACAUGAUUUUGUUAUGUUUGAUUCUGAAUUUUCACCUGGUGCAAAUGAAAAUGGAUCAGCGGAAGAAGAUGAUGCAGAAGAAGAACAAGAAGAAGAAGAAGAUGAGAUUGGUGACGAAACUGAUACUAGAGAAAGUUUAGAGAACAUUAUAGGUAUAAGGAAAGAUGUUGACUUCGAAGCUCAUUACUCCAAAUAUAUGUCAACGAAUUUAUCAUUGGGUUUCCUAUUUCUAGGCUCUGGUCAAUACGCAUUAAUGACAUCUACCUCAGAGAACAUUGCUUAUUUGAUUUUAUCAAUUUUACCUGAUCUUGAUAGUCAACUAGAGGAAUGUUUGAAAUAUUUUUGGAGUAUGACAAUAGAACCCCGUUGUUUAGUAAUUAAAGAUUCGGUUACUGAAGAAGUUAUAAAUAAUGUUCCGAUCAAAAUAUAUUUACGUUCCGAACACUUAAGUGGUGACCUGGUUGCGAAAAACCUGGAAUCGCCAUGCCUUUUACCUGAUUUCAAACACAUUGAUAAAAUUGUUAUUGAUUCGCCAGAUUAUCAUCCAUUAGAGAUUGAGUUUAACGAAACAAUUACAGCAAUGAGAUAUUUUGCUAAUGGUACAGUAAUUUAUGUCAAGCCCAAAGAUAGGCACAAUUCUUAUGAUGAAGAGAAGCAAAAGUUCCCAAAUGUUGAAAAUAUUCAUAUGGCCCUUCAACAAAAGAUUAAAGCCAUUGAUGGAAAAGUUUCAUUGAAUAACAAGAAAAAUAUUACUAUGGUUAACUUUGCUUCCAAUCUGAUAAAUCGAUUAAAUAUGAUGAAUCCGACUAUGUUAGAAUUAGAAAGAGAACUUCAAGAGAAAAAUGAGAGUAUUGAUAGUGCUGAAGAUUUUAACCUGGAUAUGAUUUACUCGGAUUGUAGUAAUAAUGAUAAUAUUACUACAGAUUAUCAGUUAGAAAUAUGGAAAAAACAAGCAUUGUCAUUAGGACAGAGAUAG